AUGACCGUUGCUGCACCUCCAGUGCCCUCAGUGCACGAGAAUGGCAUGAAUGGCAACAUCCCUGGACACCAUGUCAACAUGAGCCUCCCGCGUUUUCAUCCCAUUGCCAUGAACCCUGGCCAGCCAAUACCCCCGGAAGCCAUGAUGCAUGGCCAUCAGCCCUAUCGUCACUUCCCACCGCCUCCAAUGCAAGAGCAAGGCCCGCCGGUUCCCCCAGGCCCUCCAGGACCCCCGACUCCAAACGUACCUGGUAUAGAUCACAUCGAAGCUCGACUGAGGCAACUGGAACAUGAGGAAGCUGCUCGCAUGGCAGCUCGUAGCCGCCUACUUGCUAUGCGGAAGCGAGAGGAUGAAGAAUUCCGUAGGAUGACCGAGAACGCCGAGGUAGAAGAAGAGGAACUGCGUAGGCAACGGAAACGACUGAAGCGGGAAUCCAUGGGCCUUUACAACCCAAGUCUUGAAUCGCCUCCUCUUCGCCCUACGCCGCCUCGCCGUUUGUCAGAGACAAAUGCUGCCACCACACUCGCCUUCCUACAACAGCAAACACCUCAAGAACCCCUUACCGUUGUACCUCCGCCUCCACAAGCACAGAUCCCUCGACCGCCUCAUCCCCAACACAUGCAUCACGAUCCCAACGGCAACGGUUCGAUUCGACGAAAGCAAAAGUACACCAUCAAAAACGUGGAAGCCUGGGGAGAGCGCCACGGACGACCAGCCGCACAUGAUCCUUCUGGACGGGCUCUCUGGAAGCGUCCUUCAGACGGCAGCCUAGUCUACCUCACAUGCCCCGUAUCUGGCUGUGGCAAGGCCGACUUUGUGACCCUCCAUGGCUUCAUGUGCCAUCUUACCAAGAAGCACAAGGACCGUAGCCUAGGCAGCCAGUCCCGAGCUCUCGAAGUAUGCGGCGUCGUCUUCGACCCGGCUGCUCCUCUGCCUCCAGUCUCCAACCGACACCGCGCCUCAACGGAGGAAAGCCGAAUCGAGUCUGGACCCACGGAUCCUGAUGGAUACCCUCACGACACAGAAUAUUCCACCGGCUCGGAUGACGAGAGCGCCGUUCAUUCUGUCGUUAAGACUGAGGCCACGGACAGAUCGCUCCCACCGCCUGGUGCGCUGCUCACACCCGCGGACGAACAACCGCCCGUAGCACCUUUACCUUCCAAGACUCACAGCUCCGCGCGCCAGACCAUUUCCUCCAUUAUCGACCGUGAGCCGGAAGCAGCACCUGCCCUCCGUGAGCACGACAUUUCUCCUCUCCCCCCUCUCUACAACACAAUGCCGAAGCUAGAUUCCAGCCAUCCCACAACGCCCGAAGAAGCAGAGCUGAAAGCACGAGAGCUCAAGCUCAAGACGGAGCUUGAAAAUAAGGAAAAUACGGAGUUGAAAUAA